UGUCCACGGGGCAUGUGCGGGGGAGGGCAGUGAGCCCUCCCACUGUCCUCCCCCGUCCCCGUCCUGGUGGGAGGAAACACGGGACAUAUAACGCGAGGUUCUCACGGCGGAGCCUGCAUUGUAGCCUUGUUCCUUCAACUUCUCUGGAGAGGUACAGGAAACAAUUACCAAUUCAACAAUUGCACACAGUGUGUGGUGCGUCACUAACAGCGGGUACUAAAGCGCAGGCGAUAGCGAGAUGUGGCGGUGCGCGUGCGCAUUGGCGCUGCUGUGUGCGGCACUCGCGCGCUCUGAUACUUAUAAACGUGCUGAAUUGGCGACGGCUCCUUUCGUGCUGGGAUCGCGCUACGGCCGCUCCUCUCCGCGAAUGAUCGCACCACGCAACGACAGGUUCUUCAUGGGCAGCAGAUAUGGCAAGCGGUCGGAACCAGCUGUGCGUACUCUGACCCCGCAAGAUGUAACGUGGCGCGAUAUAACGUCGCAAGAUGUAACGUCGCAAGGUGUAACGUCACAAGAUGUAACGUCGCAAGGUGUAACGUGGCGGAACGUUGUGCGUUUAUGUGAACUUCAAGUUUUCGCACCGCUCUGCUCGCUACAACAUUCGUCUAAAUCUUUAUACAACAGAAUAGACCAAGAGCCAGCGGAGAAAAUGGACUACAAAGAUUAA